AUGGCAGCUCUACAUACCCUUCUCGGGAGAGAUGACCCUAAUCACAAGGACGCCGGUCAGGAGCUUAUUGACCUCCUGAAGAACCCGUUCGUUGCCGACAAGCUUGCUACGGCUUCCGUAUACUCCGCCUUGGCUACAUCUCUGGGCGUCACAGCAUUUAUUGCGAUAUGCUUCUCCUUCAUCCGUCCCUAUCACCAGGCGAUUUACGCCCCAAAGUCGAAACAUGCCGACGAGAAACAUGCGCCGCCGCCGAUAGGAAAGGAGCCGUGGGCCUGGAUCACUCCUCUGAUUAACACAAAGGAACUCACCCUCAUGAAUCAGAUCGGCAUGGACGCCACCAUCUUCUUGCGCUUCGUCCGCAUGUGCAGGAACAUGUUUUUGGUCUUGGCACUCGUUGGAGUCGGCAUUCUGGUUCCUGUGAAUCUGACCAACUAUAAAGAAUUUGGCAAAGACAACAAGCCUGAUACGACCGAGUGGAUGCUGAGAAUUACACCUCGAAAUGUUUUUGGCUCGCCGCACUGGGCAUUGGUGGUGGUUGGUUAUCUGUUUAACAUCAUCGUCAUAGGAUUUCUUUGGUGGAACUACCGCAAGAUUCUUCAUCUGCGCAGACUUUACUUUGAAUCCGACGAGUAUCAGAACAGUUUACACGCCCGGACUCUGAUGUUAUUCGAUAUUCCCCGCCAAGGCUGCUCCGACGAAGGUAUCGCAAGAAUCAUUGACUCAGUGGUGCCCAAUUCGUCGUUUGCAAGAACUGUUGUGGCGCGAAACGUCAAGGACCUCCCCGAACUCAUCGAAGAGCACGAUAAGACAGUCCGCAAGCUGGAAAAGGUACUUGCCAAGUACUUGAAGGAUCCACAGAAUUUGCCUGCAGGCAGACCGACUUGCAAGGCGUCUAAAAAGGACCGCUCCUUCGAUACCUACCCUUCUGGUCAGAGACUGGAUGCUAUUGACUACCUUACCCAGCGCAUCCGGGAUCUCGAGAUUGAGAUCAAAGAAGUUCGAGCCAGUGUAGACAGGCGCAGUACAAUGCCCUAUGGGUUUGCCAGCUAUGCGGAAAUUGCAGAAGCACAUAGCAUUGCGUAUGCUUGUCGGAAGAAGAAGCCUCAUGGAACAACUGUUAGGCUCGCUCCCAAACCGACGGAUGUUAUCUGGCGAAACAUGCCGCUCUCCAGCGCUACUCGCAGCCGAAGACGGUGGAUCAACAACCUCUGGAUUGCUGUUCUGACUCUUCUGUGGGUGGCUCCCAACGCCAUGAUUGCCAUCUUUUUGGUCAACUUGAGUAAUUUGGGCAAAGUGUGGAAAGGCUUCCAAGAUUCACUGGUGGCCCACACCACUAUUUGGGGUAUCGUUCAAGGUAUCGCCUCUCCUGCGUUGACAUCCUUGGUUUAUCUGGUUUUACCAAUGAUCUUUCGCCGACUCUCCAUCAAGGCUGGUGACCAGACCAAGACCGGCCGAGAACGACACGUUCUGGGCAAACUUUAUGCCUUUUUUGUUUUCAAUAAUCUGGUUGUUUUCUCCUUCUUUGGUGUUUUGUGGUCAUUUAUUGCUGGAGUAAUCAAGGCAACCGAGGGCGAAAAUGGUUCAAAGAAGGAUGCGUGGUCUGCCAUUGUCGAAGGCGAGCUGGCGCAAAACAUCGUCAUUGCAUUUUGCAAUAACAGCAUUUUCUGGGUGACGUAUUUGCUUCAGCGACAGCUCGGUGCAGCUGUUGACCUCGCCCAAAUCUGGCCUUUGAUUGUCGCCUUUUUCCAAAAGAAGUUCUCGAGCCCGACCCCAAGAGAACUCAUUGAGCUUACGGCUCCGCCUCCGUUCGAAUACGCCAACUACUACACGUAUUUCCUCUUCUACUCAACAGUUACCUUGUGCUUCGGCACCAUUCAGCCGCUCUGUCUUCUUGCUACGGCCAUGUACUUUUCCAUUGACUGCUACUUGAAGAAGUACCUGAUUUUGUAUCGGUUUGUCACCAAAACCGAGUCUGGUGGUCUCUUCUGGCGGGUAGUCUUCAAUCGCAUGAUUCUUGGAGCCAUCCUCGCUAAUGGCGUGGUCCUGCUCACAACAUGGGCCCGUGGUGAUGGCACACAUUUCCAAUUUUACGCGGUUUGCCCACUGCCUUUCAUCAUGAUUGCGUUCAAAAUCUACUGCACAAGGUCAUUUGACGACAAGAUUAGAUACUACAGCAUCCAACAUACCGCGCAGCACCCGGAACACGGAAUGCAAGGCGACUCUCGCAGCAGAAGCGACAAGCUUGCAAGUCGAUUCGGUCACCCGGCGUUGUACAAGCCCCUCAUUACUCCAAUGGUGCACCAGAAGGCGCAAAAUCUUCUCCCCUCUGUGUACCGUGGACGCUUGACAGACGGACGCGACAAUGAUGGAGCUGACUUGGUAACGGUCAGCGGCUACUCGGAUAUGUAUGCGUUGGACAGCAUGAAGGGUGGGAAGCCGGGCAAGGCUGCCAACGCUGUCCCUGGUUUUGAAUACGUUUCCGACGCGCAGAUGGAUUUCCAGUACUACAAGAACCGAGCAGAGUUCACCGAAGAACACGGUGGCGGCGAAAUGUAUGGCAAGGGAAGCGACAUCAUGCGAACGGGGACUCCAGGCUCGUUUGAUGACAUGGGUAGCAACCAUUCUCUCUCACGGCCUGCGUCGCCCAUGAUGAGUGGUGUAGGUGGCCCCGGACAGCCGCCUCGUCGUGUCAUGACAAACAUGUCAAUGGCCGACACAAGCUAUUCCCCCUAUCGACAGGACACUGGCUAUGCACCACCCUCGGACCCCGUCUCCCGUGGUCACACGCCAUUGUACUCUCACGACAACGGCAGCUCCUCCGGCCUGGUCCGUAACGCCGCGGCUAUGGCUGGUCCACCUGGCUACAACUCCCGUGACGGAUCCGUCGACCGAGGCCGCAUGACUCCCACGAGAAUACAUUCACCUGCUCCACAAAGAGUUGGAUCUCCUCAAGUAUCACAUAGUCCGGCACCGGGCCCGUCAAUUGGCGCUAUGGGCGGCGGACCGCAGGGUUAUAGCGGCCUCCAACAGCAGCAGGACGACGCGGACCCCAUGCAAUAUAAUUAUUUCCGAAGUGGAAGCGGGAACAGACCCCCUCGGCAGCCAGGGCAGGGGUGGUAA